UAUUACAAGAUGGGUUUUAUUUAAAUAUAUGUUUAAGCAAGACAAUUUGACAAAUUCUGUAUAAUUGUGUACGUUUACAUUUAUGGAAUUUGGCAGACACGAAUCCAGAAGGAAUUUCAAAAGGUCUUUGAAGGUUCUAUCAAUGAACACAUCCAUCUGGUUCAGUAGGUCACAAGCUAAGAAAAGAAAUCUCCGGGAUAUAUUCUGCAGUAAGCAACUAUGGAAGUGCGAGGGAGGAAAGGGUCCAUCGAGCUUCUUUCCACCCCUAACUCAUCUAAGCCAGUAGGAACUGUGGCAUUGAGGAACUUCACCAUACCCAGGAAGAAGAGGGUGUCUGGACAAGUCCUCCUGGAGCCUUGUCCAGAAGACAGCCGUGAUUAUACUCUCAUUCAAGCUAAAUUGAAAGAAUCCAGAUUAGACAUGAGGAAGGAACAUGCUAAUACCUGGCUAUUGAAGGAUGUAACAUUAGUGCACAAUGAUGGGUUUCUUCAGGAAUUCUCUGAAAAAAGGUCAGAGAUGCGUACAAAAGGUAGACAUGGGAGAGAAAUGGAAGAACGUUUUUGCUUCUUGGUAGAAUCUUCUGAAGUAACAAGUCAAAUUUACCAGUUUGGAUUAAGGACUGGGAGCCAGGACCAGUAUUCUUUGGGAAAACCCUCACACGGGGUUUAUUUGUUUAAGCAUGUUGAUGUGGCUCUGAAGCAUGCAACUGCAAGCGCAUGUAGCGGGGAAAAUCUGAUUAUUUUCAAGGUGCUCUUUGGAAAGGUGAAAAAAGUCACACCCAGUUUGGAGUGGAACAGAACCGUAGACCCUAUUGUUGGCUUUGACUGUCACAUGGCAAAAGAUGCUGUUUCUUAUCGUGACAGUGUUUCCCAGCAAGUUAUGGGCUCAUCGGUGUUUCUAUAUGACUACAAUCAAAACCAAGAACUCAACAAACGGCCAAGGCAAUGUAUGCCAUAUGCUGUGGUUUCAUUUGCUCCAGCUGUUAGUGCUGCAGCACCAGCAUCCAUAAGUCCACCUGUUUCACCCAAUAAACCUCCUGCUAGCCUUAUGCAUGGCCCUCUAGAGCAUUUGAAAGGCUGCACUGUGGCUAAAAGAACGGGCAAAGGAGAGAAUGCCACAGUGACGUUCAAACGUUUUGCAACACAAGGCUGCCCAGGCGUGGAGUACCAGUCACAAACUCCAAGAGCAGAGGCUAAUGGAGUAGAUGCUUCUCCGUUUCAGUGCAACGAUCCGCAAACAACUCCUCCUUUUACCCCUCACCAGGCAUACAUACCUUAUUAUAAUACAGCAGAUUAUUUCAGCUCUUCACUACCAUAUUAUGACAGUGGCAUUUCAUGGCAAAGCUACAAGGACUCACCUGCAUUCCCUUCAAAUGUAUACAACCUGAACACCACAAGUGUCUGUGGAGGUAAUACAGACACCUUGGGGGUAAUAGCUCAAACCUCAGCAGAAAAAAUCUCCACCAUAGUCUAUUCAUCUCGCCUUGUUAAAGACCCAAGGUUAUCCAGACAAGAGACAAACAUACAGAAGAAAGGCUCAGAUGAAGAAAUAACAUCUAGUGUUCCUGACGGUAAGGAAAAGGAGGAGAAUGAAUCCACUUUAUUUUGUGAGAAACAGUCACUGGAAGUGGAUAAGGAACACAAAGAGGACAGGUUCCCUAAACCCUCACUGGAUGAUCCGAGCAAAUCCAGUUCCACUGCACAGCCAAAGACUGAAAAUAUGCCUUCACUUAAAUUAUUUAAAAUGAAAUUUCAAAAAUAUGCUCCAUAUUUCAAGAUGACAGAGGAGGAGAGACGCACAAAAAUAUGGUCCAAAGAAAAUUUGAGUCCAGCGCAAAAACUAUUAUUGAUUGACCGCAUACAUUUCUAUGAGAUGCAUCACGAAAGGUAUAAACAGGGACUGCUUUUUCAGAAAGACACCGAGACAGAAACUGACUUCAGUAAGUCUCAAACAGAGUCCCAAAACAAAGUCUGCUCAUCCACACAUUCUCCUUUACUGAAAAAAGGAACCCAAUGUGAUGUGAAUCCUUCCAAUAUGAGAAAUUCAGUUAGUGCCAAUGUUUUCAAGUUGACAGCUCCAACAGUAUUGGUGGACUCUGAGAGAAAUAAAGUAGAUAUGAAGAAUACAGACAAUGAUGAGUUGAAGAUUUGUAGACAUCAUAAAGAAAAGCCUGUGCAGGAGAAAGAGGAGGAUCCUUCUCCAGAGUCUCAGACUAAGCCUCAAGAUGGAGAUAUGAUUCAACCUGUAAAAGAAAGAGAAAGGAUUUCAGAGACGUUCAUUGUGCAAGGUACCAUGCAAUCAAAUCCUACAGACGAGAGCAAAACUAUAGAAACGACACAUGAUUUCACCCAAUCUUUAUGUCCUAAAGUACAAGUUGGGAUAAAUUCCCAAGAUGUCUGUGAAAAUGAGAUUUCCACAAGCUCAGAAGAGUAUUCUUCAUGUAUUCCUUCACUAAGCAAUACCAUAGAAGACUGUUCUGAAUUUGAGGAACACGUAAUAGCCAUGGAAGUGGCAAACUGUAUUGACAUCUCAACCAGCGAUGCACUUGAAGGCACUGACUGCUCCUGUGUUACUGCGAUGGAGUCUGGCCAACAUAUUCAAAAUAGUACUGAAAAACAAGAUGGAGAAACAUUGACACAUUCUAAAUCUUAUACCAAUUCUGAGAUGUCUAUAGAGGUUGAGAGGGAAGAAGCACAACACAACACUAUUUACAAUUCAUUAUAUAAACGAUUACAGUUAGAUCAGCUAUUGUCCAAUUCAAAUAACGCAAACAGUUUCUCUAACAAAUCAUAUCUCAGGCAGAAAGGUCUAGACAAAAAGCUUGCUAUCGAUUUACCAGAUAUUCAUGUUAAUGAACCAAAAGAAGAAGAAGACCUCCAGCUUAUACUUAAGAUCAAAUCCAGCCAGACAUCCCCAGACACACUUACACUUUCUGAACGAUUCUCAAAAUUAAGACGCCUCCGUCGUAAGCUAGCAUCCUUUGUAAAUGUAAAUAAGCUAACCGAUAGCUACUCCACACAUCUCAAUGGAGAUUUUAAACCAGAAGUUCAAAUCUCAUCCGUCGAUGGAGGACAGGGAACAAGAAACAAUAACGCUGAAUUGAUUAAACUCAUGGCACUGCGGUACAAUAAAAAUAGGUUGAAUGCAAAUCGUAAACACCUUAGACAGAAGCGUUCAAAUGUUCUGUGCAGAAAAAGCUCAACUUCAAGUGUGUGGAGUAAAAGAACUUCAGGUCAAUUGUCGUUUAGUUUUCAGAUUCAGACAAAUCAUAUCAGGAAGAAUCACUUACUAAAAGCGAAGAAAAAAGGUAGAACAAAUCAAGGCUCAAAAAUGAGUUCUUGUGGUCAAGCUUCAUUUCGCAAGUUGACAUCUGACUUCUCGGAUGACAUUUCAUGUCUCGAUAUAGCUAACAAUGUUGAUAAAUGUUCUGAUUCAAACCUUGAUUCAACUUCUGCAUCUCCGUCUACUACUCAAAUCCAUGGCAAAGCUUUGGGGUCCAGACUGAAUUGCAAUGCCUCUAAUAUUGUAACUGAAGAGGGUUCCAGUGAAAAUAAGACUCGACAUGGUGACGAGUUCUCUCGAAUGAAAGGACCGUGCAGUAAUCCUGUCAAACAGUCAGAAGAUAUUGUCCAUCAUGAUGUUUCAAAGAUUUCAAGCAACAAUGAGAUCAAAGAAUCAGAGGAAAACAUCACUUUAGAUUCGGAAGGUCUGGUAAUAAUCGAGGAAAUGGAAACAGAUAGUGGAACAAAAAAUAACAAACCCAGUCAUCAAGAAAAAUCUUCCAUGGUCACAUGUUCUGCCAGUAAUGAGUCAAGUAAUGGUGAGAGCGAAGAAAGAGAACACAAGGAAGAGACAUUAUUACUGAAAAAGCGAUCUCAGGAGGACAAUUGUGACACUAAAACGAUUUUGCCAGAUUACGACACUGGAGCUUAUAAAGACACAAGUAGCCCUGUUCCCACUGUCUCAAGUAUCCCUUGUGAUAUAACCUCAGGUAAUAUGAUCAGCAGCUGCACUGCCAAAGCCCAGACAGCCCUGACUUCAGAUUCACCUAAAGUAAUGAAUAAUGAGAACGACACACAAACCGAGGCUGGGAUUCUUGGUGAAACUGCUGUGGACAAUUCUGGUAGUGGUUUAACCCAAAGGGUAUCGAGCACCAAUUCAGGGAAAACCAACAAAAUCUGCACUCUUCAAGAUGGAGAUGUACGCAAUAAUACAAAAAACACAGAUGCAAAUGAAGAGGGGCCAUAUACAAAUCAGAACGGCUUAAAAUCACUGAAAGGUGCCGAGGGAGAUGUUGCAGAGAUCUUCACAAAGAAAACCGAUCAUCAUUCGGAGCUCGCUUCAGGUUUUCAAUGCCAACCAUCUUUACAGGAUACUAAACGUAGUGGGAUAACAAACUCACUUGUAGAGACGACAUCAGAUUUCCACAGCAGAAUCAUUAAAGAUGCACAAGAAGACUUUGCAGGGACAAAGGACAAUCUGCAUUUAGCUUUGCAAGGACAAGUCAAAAAUAGCCUCCCAGCAACUUCUGAUACACAGAUCAUUUCUAAACUGAGAGAAUAUUUAACUAAAUUUGAGUUCACGGUUAAAAAACCGGACGCUGUCAAUAACCCUCUAGCAGAGGUUCAUGUUCCCGACACAUGGAUAACUUUAGAUAGUACAGCUCACAAACAGCAUUUACAAAACACAAGACACUACAGCAAACAAGCUGAUAUCGCACACAGACAGAGUGGAACUGCACCUUUCCAAGUAGCCCCUAAAAAACACAAGCAAUGUAAUGGGGACAAGCACAUUAAUAGCCCCGUAUCAAAGAGAAGAAGAACAAGCAAUCUGGAAAGGGUCAGUCCAGACAGUACCUUUACUGAAACAGUCAGAAAUGAGCCAAGUUCAAAUCAGGUCUAUAAGGACACUCAACCAUAUCAGACUGCCUCUGGUGUACCAAACAUGAACCUUUGGUUGCUAAACCAUGGAAAUAAACUGCAGGAAAAUCAGAUCUUCUAUCCCCAAGUUUUAGGAAAUCCGAGCAGGUCAGGUGGACAGCAAGGAAACGGAUCAAGAGAACAGCCAUAUCAAAUAAAUCAGUCAACUGAACAAACCAAAUAUGAACAAGUCCAUAUCACAUACGUCCAUAAUAAGUACAGCGUCACUGAUAUAUCCAACACUCUAAAACUGGCUGACCAUGCAGUUUCUUUGGCAGAACUUGGUCCCCUGCAGUCAAAAUGCAAAAGAAUGCUUCAACAUUUCAUCUCCAACUUCGAAAAAGAUCAGAAGAUUUCUUUCCACCAGUCCUGCAUUUCAAGGAAUCUAAUCUUGGAAAAAUACCUAGACCAUCCUCCACCACCAGUCGAGUUGAAGUUUGAGGCAAUAAAUUCUUUUUUGGAACUGCAGAUGAUAAUCGAGGCCUGCCAAUUUGUUGACAACAAAAUCAAUUUUCUCAGAAGGAAACCAACAUUUAGGAGUUUGCUCUGGUACGAUCCUUCUCUCUAUGGUGAACUUUAUAAGGGCACUGUUGGGUUUCAGCAGCAGUCGUCAUUGUUUUCAUCGUUCCAGCAGUGCCUUUCCAGUGACGACUACAAAAGAUUGCAAGAAUACUAUUGCGCAGUGUCCACUUUGCACCAGCAGUUACAAGAAGCCCCUGAAACAUCGUACUACAUGUACCUGAAAACCAAGCGGGAGAGGUUGGAAAUAGAAGCUGCAUUUAGAAAUCCCUCUGAUGUUAAAUUCUUCUUUUUAUCUGUACCAACAGCUGUCAUGGUCAAUUUAGGGGACCGCUUGGAAAUUUUGAAAAAGACGUACGAUACUGUGAUGACGUUUAUUGAGACACCAGCGGAUCGGUUACCGGGUACAUUUGAUGUAGGGAAAGCUGAGCACCUGUCCAUUAUAUGCAGAUAUCUUCAAGAAAAAAUCCUCUAUUUGAAAUCGCAUAAUGAAAUUACAAAAAUUUCAUGGUUCGGGAUGGAACAUCUUCUUUACGAUGCAUCAAAGGUUCUUGUAUGGAGUGAAUCGGAUCGUGGGAUUCCAAAUGAAGUGCUGGUGAAAUACAAUAGGAUAAAUUCUCAAAUUGUUUAUGGGGAGGCCGAGGCUCAUUUAGCCCAUAUUAACAAAAGUGAUCAGUCACCGCAUCCUUUGGAUAUUGUGAAAAGGACACCACCACUGCAAAUGAAUGCUAUCAGAAUCCCAUCAGCAGGGGUAUCCACGGAGAGGACUCAAACCGCACUGACUCAAAUGGAAGAUGGACCAAAAGAAACAUUUCAAACACCCAGUAGAAGAGCAUCACAUCCAUGCUCAAGAAGUAACUUCAGUGAUGAUGUUACCCCACUUAUUCAGCCCAGUCUAGAAGCUCAACCUGGAAACUCACCUUUUUACACUGAUCUCACCCAAAGAAGUAAUGCAUUGCAUUGGAGGAAUAGCAGAAAUCCUGGCUGGGACUGGACCCCACCAGACACUAUCAAAUCGUCUCACUCGAAAAUAAGGGCUUUGAUUUUGUCUAAGAGUUUACCUACAGCACACCCAAAAGCAACAACAACAACAUCUUUGACAGAUCUGCAAAACCAUGCAGUCAGACAGAAACAAUCGUCAAAACCAUUGAUUGUGAAACCUAAACCAAUUGAGCGGGGUAAAGCUCCUCCAACAAUCAGUGCACCUCAGCAUCUGGAGCGCUUAAACGAUCAAGCAAACGAGUUCAGCAUGCCUAUGAUACCGGCUUUUCCUUUCCCAAGUUUCUCCCCAGAUGCACCCUCGGCAAUCCCUCCACCUCUUCCACCACUUCCGUUCUCCGGUACUUCGAAUCAAGUGCCACUGCAUAGCAAUCCACUAAUAAGCUACCCUUUCUUUGUCUUCAAUGGCCAAACAUACUCCACUUCAGGCUCUUCUAUACCUGUGUCAUCCAUUCAUACUGAAACUCAGUAUCUCCCUCGCCCUGUUUAGAAAGAGCAUACAGUGUUUGGUACUGUUAGAAUUUGUUCUUUUAUCAAUAGAAUGUUUUUGUUUAAAACAAAUCCAGAUACUUCUGAAACCUCCUCCUAUGGUUUUACUCUAAAACAGUCAUGCUCUUAUCUACAAUGCUCCUAACCAGUUCUUAUAUGUAUAACAUGUUAAUUGUAAAUACACGAAAAACAGUAUCUGUUCAAACUGUAAUAGCUUUGUGAAUAGAUGUUACAUUUGUUCUUGUUUUUUUAUGAAUAAUAUAUUUUAACAUUACAUUGUUUAUAUGUUUAUAUUGACUAAAAAUGCACUUUGUUUUAUAGUGUCAAAGCUGUUAAUUACAUGUUUCAAAAGCA